AUGGCAGACCCUGGGCCAGAUGAUGAUGUGGUGAUUGUGGAGGACUUCGAUGACUGUCCAGUGCGGAAAGCGCUGGUGGCGAAGUUGGCUUCUGCUCUGGAGAAACAUCCUGGCGGGCCUGCAUCCUACUUGGCUGCCCAUUUGCAGAAUGAUGGCGAGAAGCAGAACUUCGUGAACUGGCUAUGGAAAAGCUUUCCGGAACGUGAUGAUGUUUGCUAUCAUCACUCAGCAGACAUUCCAUGGGUCGCAGAACAACAGCUGGCGCAAACCCCCCCAGUGGCCAUUCACAUCGCUUGCUUUGGCUGGGAGGACGGCUGUGGCAUGAAGCCACCGCCGGGGAAAGAUUUGACAUUACAGCUGGUGGAAUGGUAUUUGAAGGAUGGGUUCAUCAGCUCUGGGGAAGUGCUUCUGGUGUCACAACCUCAGGCUUUGGCCGCAUCAAGUCUUACUGCCCCUUGGACUGGUGAUUUGAAGCCCUGCAGUGUGGGCUACAUCAAGGGCAGAGCUCGCAUGACAGCGCUGCUGGCAAUCCUUCACGUGAUCUAUAGUGAUGAAACAGGCAUGGAUUUGACUCCGUGCCAGAAGUUCAUGGAGAGUGUGAAUUUGAUAUGGGUACAACACCUCAGGCAGGCUACCAAGGAAGACGAAGUCCUGUGCAACCUGAAAAUGAGCUUGCGCGGUAGCCUGAGGAAAGCAGCUAACGUAGUGCAGAUGGCUUCGAUGGUGAGAAGACUCAUGCAGGAGGGCUCCACCGACUAUGGUUCCUUUGUGAGACGCUUCAAUUCCCAGACUGUCCCUGCCUACCAGAUCCGAGGCCGCAAGGCCACGGCUUUGAAGCUCCUCUUUGAAUCGGAUGUGCUGGAUGCUGUGCUGGACCACGUUGGAGCUCUGGGUUGGCCAGAUUGCGCGUGGACGGAGGAGAACCUUAGCAGCAAGCGCCUUUUUCCAGGGCACCAGUUCCCAUCAAGAUCGAGGAAGUGGAUGGCCAGACUCAAGGUUUCUGAUGAUUCUCUUCGGCUGAUGGCCACAAGGGUGCAUUGGGUGAGGGAAAAAGCUCACCAGGCGAACCUUGGCAAGGGUAAGAUGGAUGGUGCUUCGAUGGAAGCAGUGGCGGAGAAGGCAGCCGCCUUGCAUGCUUUGGCUUUGGAGUUUUGCAGCGAGCACCCUGUUCCACUCGAGACUGUCAAGCAGCGUGUUUUGACUGAAUGGUCUCAGGGGUGUGAGCGCAUUGAUUGCGAGAUCUCUGCCGCCUUGUUGGAGAAGUCCGAUAGUUUCCAGAUAGCUCAGCAGAUGCCUUGCUUCAAAAGUCUGCUGGAGGAUUCAUUGUUCAGGACUCCAGUCAGUUCUGCUCAGGAGUUGGAUUUGCGCGAUGCCUUGAAGAAGGACGAAUAUGACCAUUUGAUCAAGAAGAUGGACUACGAUCAGAAGGUCUUUGAAAUCUGGAGACAAAAAUGUACUUCAGUGAGCGCAGCCAGGACACAUGCCCGCCAGGAGCAUUUAGUGUCUCAGCACCGCCAGCUGCAGGAAUCAGCCGAGCACUUCGUGGAGGGAUGCGUGCGCCUGCUGUGCUGGGAAAAUUCCAAGGGAUCUGACACCUUGCUGCCGCAGAUCCUGGCCUUCAGGAUGGAAGUGAUGAAGAAGCUCCGAAACAGUGGCAUUGUUGCAGAAGUGCCGACCGUGGUUCUCAUGAAUUGGACGGCGCCAUGCUUGCUGCCAAGUGCCAGGCAACGGGAUCACAGCAACGUGCUGGCCUGGGCGUUGCAUGACAACGUCAACAGUGUGGGCGUUGUUUUCUCCCCGACGUUCAGCUACAACAGGGGGAAGACCUUUCUCGAAGAACACACCGGCUACGAGAUGCUGCUCCAGGGUGGCCAUAACCUGGACCACCAGUUUUCCCUCAUCUUCAGUGACCGGUGCGAUCAAAGAGAUUCACGCCCACUUGUCUACCCUGCAAGGUUUGCUUUUCCAGGCCAUGUUGUCGACCUGUCCAAGAGCAAUGCUUUCUUCGCCUCGGAACUGCGCAAGUCAGGGCGCACAGAUGCCGUGAAGCAAUUGCCUGCCAAGGAGCUCAAAGAAAUGGAGGAUAUGGCAGAUGAUUCAUUGCCAAGCUCGACUUCCGCGAACUUUGUUUCAGGGGCUGCGAAACAUUGCCAGAUGGGGCAACCAGCAGCGGAGGAGAUCUUGAAGAAGUUGUUUGCUGGCACAGAGUUCGAGAAUGCCCCUGCAAUCCUCAUUUUGGACCUAUUUCCAAGGGUGGGUGAUUUUUGCCAUGCUUUUUGCAAGCUGCGGUCAAACACCAAUGUGGGGGCACAGCUCUUCUAUGUUGGGGUAGCUGAAAAAGCCAAAGAUCAGGAAUGGCUGCGCGCAAGCCUUUUGGAUGAGCUGGUGGAAAAGCUCAAGCAAGGCCAGUUUCAAAUCCCUGGCGCACGGCCCUUCCAGCAUGAUGUUCCAGGUGAUCUCCUUGAAGCGCUUCCAGCUUGA